AUGACCAGUCAAAGGAGUUCUGUCGAAAGUGUGUUAGAAAAAAUUAUAGCGAAAGUCGAAGCGGAAUGCGAUCAAAAGAAUAAAGAUGUCAAGCUGACAAUAAAACGGAAACUUGAUAUAAAACAUGAUUCGAAUAAAAGACCGAAAUUGAGUUUACCCGAAUCUUUUAAUGAGGAGAUACAUUGUCGCAUUUGCUAUGAUUCUUCUCAACAUUUACCUAUUACAUAUCCUUGCAAGUGUAAGGGAACUAUGGGUGCAAUACAUUUAAAAUGUUUAGAACGUUGGCUAGAGGAAAGUAACAGGAAUAGUUGCGAAUUAUGUGGAUAUCACUUUGAUGUCAGGAGAACUCCUCGCUACAAUAUUUUACAUUCCAUAAUAAUUUGGAUGUGCCUUAAUCAACAACAACAUCAAUUAUACGUUCGCAGUUUGAAAGCUGAUUUACUUCGGAGCAUUAUUAUUACGCCUAUGGCGAUAGGAUGUUCUUACAUUUGUAUAGUUGCGGCCGAUUUUUACGCAAAAAAUAAUUAUGAUAAUUUUCCUCCAGCACGAUGGACAACUUAUUUAUUAUUAGCUAUGAUGUUUCUGUUACUUUUCUCUUAUUUUAUAUGGAUGUAUAUGGCAAUACAAUAUCAUCAAAAAGUCUGGUUUUAUUGGUGGCAAAAAACAAGUACAGUAAGAGUUAUAUUGAAUCCAGAAAAUAGAACUUCAAUAAACUACAAGUCUAAUAUCAUAUCACAAGUGUAA